AUGGGCUUUUUCAUUGACUCCAUAUCAGAAGCCAAGGAGGACAACGUCAGAAAAUGGAUAAACAGACGGUUUAUAUUAACCUUGUUGAUGUUGGUCGUUCCAAUCGGGUAUUUGGCGUUUAUUUCAAGCCCAGAAUAUGCAGUUCCGAUGAGGAUGAGUGAAUCAGCAACGUUAGUAGCUAUUGCAAAUGAUGAAUUUAAUCAGCAACGAAAGAUGGAUGAAUUUGCAAAGGAAAUCCAGGGCUUUCAUGGCUCCAGGUGAGAGUUUUUUGUUUGGUGCUUUUUGUUUUAGGUAUGAAAACGAGAUUUUCUACUUAGAAGGUGCUAUUAGGUGUGGUUUAGCUGAUGGAAUGUAUUUUUCUUUCUUUUAGUUUCUUUUUAUACCUAAAAUUGACAUAUUAUAUUAUUUGUUACCUAUUAAAAUCAAAAAUUACUUUAAAAUAUUUUUUGCGAUUUCAUACGUUCCAAACUUACUUUUUUAGAAACCUGACUAGUAAAUUCAUCCAACGAAUAUUCCGUGAGCAGCAGAUUGAAGUAUACGAACAGAAGUUUGUCAAUAAAGUAUCAGUAAGUCAUGUUCAAUAUAAUUUGAUUGGUUUUUAGAAGCGAACUGGUAUCAACACCUUUGCUGUGCUUAGAGCCUAUCGUAGCGUCCCCGAAGAAGCGAUUUUAGUGGUUGUCCAGAAUUCCAAGAAGCAGACACAUGCUGUAACGACGGCCUUGGCCUUGGCACUCUACGCCAAAAGUGAGAUUUUGACAUUUUCUCACCGAAAAGCUCUUAAUGUGUAGUGAAAACGGCUUUUCAAUUGUCUGAAUGACUUUUCAGCCAAGCACUACUGGGCUAGAGACCUGAUCUUCCUCUUCGUUGAUGGCCGCGAACCUUUUGUUGGGACUCAAGCUUUUCUCGCCGCCUACAAUGGAGAAUCCCUUCCAUUGGUCGAAUUCGACCCUCUGGAGACAAAUUCCGGCUUCAUCAUUGGUGGGGUGUGUUUGGACAUCGAUACAACGCACUUUACCCACAUGCUUGUCCAAUAUGUCUCUUUGAAUGGGAUUUUGCCAAAUUUGGACACAAUCAAUUCGAUUAAUCGAAUGAGCCGAAAAUAUGGUAUCCCAACAAUAAUGAGGACCCAAGAGAUCGGCGAGAAAGAUAUUAUCAAGAGACAUGUUGAGACGUUGUUCAGAGGAGUCAUUUCUCAGGUAAGUGUCUAGUGCAAUAUAUUUUUUUUGAAGUUUAGAUAUAAGAAUGGAAUUAAACGACUUGUUUAUGUCAUUAUAAUUAUCGUUAGCUAAUGAUGCGUUCAAUUUCAGGCUUUUAACGAGCUGGAAGGUCUCCAUUCUAUCCUAAAUCAAUAUGGAAUCCACUCGUUAACUCUGAAGCCGUACAACGCCGGAAAUCGUUUUCAUAGAUUUGAGGUCAAAAAUGCCAUGCCAAGAAUCACUGAGGGCAUUGUGAGAAGUUUGAACAAUAUUUUGGAACGAUUCCAUCAGAGUUAUUUCUUCUAUCUGAUGUUAUCCAAGGAUUAUUUCUUGUCCAUCGCCUUCUUCUCACCGGCCAUUGGAAUGUUCUUGGUGGUUUUUGUUCUCCAUCAAUUUAGUGGGUGGUAAGCGGUUUAAUUUUUGUAUCAGAAAAUAUCGAGAGCGUAUUUUACAUUGUUUUAGGGGGAAAAAAAUAUUUUUUGCGUUUUUUGUGGUCAAAUCUGCGGAUUUUAUCUAUUUCUCCUUUAAAAAAUACAGUAAUAUUUUAAGGUUGGACGCGAAAAAGUUUGUCCUCCCCACAGAAUGGAUCUGCAUUUAUGUUUUCUCCGGCUUAUCCUACUUUCUUCAUUGCCUCCUAAUGACUGACAACGUUGUAGUGGAAGAGCUCGCAAAGUUUUGUCAUGACGUUGGAAUCGAUGAGGAAUUCCAUUUUGCGACAAUUUUCCUCGCAACAAACCUGCUUUUACCGGUCAUUGUUAGCCGAAAAAUGUGAGUGUUUACUUGAUUUUUUUCUUUUUUUUGGGUUCGUAAAAGAGUAAGGAGGGAAAUUUUAAAUUUUAUCCUUUUUUUAUAAAAAUUUGAUGAUGAAAACUAUUGUUUUGAUAAAGAAAAAUGUCUUCCGCACAGUGCGGAUGGUUUCAAAUGCCUUUUCCCCAUCUAAUUUUGUUGAAAACAAACGAAUUCCGCAGUGUGCCCGGUUAGCUCAGUCGGUAGAGCACCAGACUCUUAAUCUGGCUGUCGCGGGUUCGAGCCCCGCAUCGGGCUAAGGCUAUUUUUGAUUUUUUUGCUUGGAAAUUAUUAUUUUUUUGUUCGAAAAUUAUUUGAUUAAUUUUUUCUGAAGAUUUUCUAAACCAUUUUUCUCAUUUUUCAAAUUUUUUGUAGAUUUUUCUCACGUAAUUUAUCCAUAUUUUUUUAGAUCAUCUCAUGAUGAGCACGCCACGACCCGAUUCCUCCAUCUUACCCUCGUUUUGAACGUUGUGUUGUGCAUUGGACUUCUCCAUUUCUCCCUGACUUUCUACUGGUGCAUUUAUAUUUGCCUGGCCCUGCUUGGAAGCAAGAUACUGUAAGUUUUCUUCUAUUUUCGCGGAAAUAUUAUAUUUUUUUAGAAGACGAAAUAAUGUGAUAACCAGAACGAUUUUUUCCCUUCUCUUAUCACCAAUUGUGUUUUAUGCGGCAACGAUUUGGGUGGCCAAAGAAUAUGAUUUCUGGCCGAAUGGCUUGGCCAUAAAACAGUUGGAUAAAGGUGGGCGCUAUUUUUGAAGCUUUUCUGAAAGCAUUUGUAUUUGGCAUUUAAAAACUUCUAAAUGCCAAAUUACCCCUUUUCAGGGCGUUUUUGGAAUUGAAACACUUCAAUUUGCAUCAAAUUAAUGGCCUUAUCUUUUAGGGUUGGACCUCAAGAACGUGCUGAUUACAUUAUACAAGGAGGGACAACGCCACGUCCUCGCACAUGUCCAGUUUAACUCGAUGAACUUUCUGGUGUUCGCAUUGUUCAUCCAGCCCACUCAUCUCGUUCUAACUGCCUUAUUAGGCGAUGAAUUUGAGGUCAAGCCGAUUACAGUCGAUGAGAAAUCGCAUGAGAAGGAGGAGUAG